AUGGAGAAAGAAAUGCCAGGACAGCCAUUGGAAGGCGGGUGGGGAUGGGUUGUUGUGUUAUCAGGUGCUAUUGUGUAUGGACUGGUAUUUGGAUCAGUAAGAUGCCAGAGUGUUCUAUUUGUUCCUAUCAUGAAUGAAUUUGAAUCUGAUUACUCGAAUGUAGGCUGGGUUUCGGCAAUAUUAACUGCUGGAUUGGCAAUCGGCGGCAUGAUUUCUGCAUCCGUUAUGGCAAAGUUUGGACAUCGUUCUGCAGUUAUAAUUGGCGGUUUAAUUUCUGGUGCAUCGUCUAUAAUUGCGUCGUUUUCUACUUCAGUCGUAAUGCUGGUAAUAUUUGCUGGACUGCUACAAGGGGGGUCUCUUGGAACAUUUUUAAUUUGUCCGCUAAACGGACUUUUCGUUGAACAGUUUGGCAUACACGGGUACUUCUUAAUCAUGGGGGGCCUCUAUUUCAACCUGUGUGUCGUUGGAUCGCUUAUGCGUCCCCUGGAAUUGUCACGUUCGUUGGCGAAACCAAAAGAACCAAAACCGGCGACCGAAAUGCGUCUUGUGUUUUUAGCGGGAUUUCUCACCUCGCAGCUAUAUAUUGUACCUUACGCAGAAAUUGAGGUACAGAUCCCAUCAGUCAAAGCUUCUCUUUUGAUGUCUAUCGCAGCAGCAGCUGAAAUUGCAUCAAGAGUCGUGUUUGGUAUUCUUGGUGACAUGAAACGUAUCAAUCGAGUUCUUAUGUAUUCCACCGUCCUACUGGUGCUUUCUGUCUGUGGUAUCUCCUACACAUUCAUGAAAUCCUUUGAAAGUCUAGCUGUGGCAGCAGGUGUGUCGGGUCUCUUUCAGGGCGGAUUUUCUGGAAUUUCAAUCGUGAUUCUUGCCGACUUAGUGGGUCUCCAGUAUUACGGCAUGGCACUUGGCUUGAGUACAGUUAUAAAUGGCAUCGGAACACUUAUAACGCCACCGUUAGUCGGUAACGAUUGUACUUCAACGACGACGAACGAGACGUACGAUUUAAAAGAAGAACAGCAACAAUUUCGCCACGCUGCUUUAGAUUUGGUUGAUUCCUAA